AUGGGUGCAUCAGGCUUAGGUUCAGCUUUAGCAAAAUGCAUUAAUCUCUCAAAUUUGACACUUGACCUUAAGUCUAAUUAAAUUGGUGAUGAAGGUGCAUCAGGCUUAGGUUCAGCUUUAGCAAAAUGCAUUAAUCUCUCAAAUUUGACACUUGACCUUGGGUCUAAUUAAAUUGGUGCAAUGGGUGCAUCAGGCUUAGGUUCAGCUUUAGCAAAAUGCAUUAAUCUCUCAAAUUUGACACUUAACCUUAGUUGGAAUAAAAUUGGUGAUGAAGGUGCAUCAGGCUUAGGUUCAGCUUUAGCAAAAUGCAUUAAUCUCUCAAAUUUGACACUUAACCUUUGGUAAAAACAGUUUAUUUGUUUUGAAUUGUGA